AUGACUUUUGCCAGCUACGCUGCGGUGUUCAGAUCACUGCUUUUCAUGCUGGUUCUAGCACUAACUGUAAGGAGCUCACCCCAUGGGAGGGUAGUUCAUCCUCAACCCAGCAAGGAUGGUGGCUCUGUGAGGCUUAGUGAAGAUUGCCUGAAUCAAAAAGAUCUCAAAUUCCCUACAACGGUGAAAGUUGAUGUUCGUAUCAGCAAUUCAAAUCAUGCCUUCAGGAUGGUCCACGAUGUCAGGAACCGGUCUCUUGCUCCUUGGGAUUACAGGCUCGAUGAGGAUCCCAACCGCUUCCCCCAGGUGAUCGCUAACGCCGAGUGCCGCCUCUCCGGCUGUGUGAACCCACUGGGGCAGGAGGACCACAGCCUCAACUCCGUCCCCAUCAGACAGGAGAUCCUUGUCCUCCGGCGGCAGCAGAAGGGCUGUCUGCCCACCUACCGCCUGGAGAAGAAAGUCAUCACCGUGGGCUGCACAUGUGUCACUCCAGUCAUCCACCACCAGUCCUAG